AGUUGAGCGCACCUUGAUAGCGAUAGCACCGUGAAGAGAAUGACAGUUUGAUAAAAUAGAUUAAGAAGGAAUAAAACAAAAUGGUUUGAGAGUUAGGCAAACGCGCGUGAACUGAACGCCGCUUAGUUAAUAAAUACUUAUUUACGUAAUUACAGUUACAUUCUGUUCCAAAAAGUUACUUUGAUUGAACUUGAACUAUAAGUAAUAGUGUUUGUCACUGAAUUGAAUUAAUAUUUAUCGCUUAACCUAACUUAUUCUAGGAUUGUACUGUUCGAUAAAUAUCUACAGUUCUCUAAAUCCAUCUAACGUAACGAAUCAUUGAAGCAGCAGUAGAUCCAUGAGCUACAUCUGAACUAAAACAGUAGCAAUUUACUAAACAGAUUUAAAAUCUUCCCUGUGGAAAUAAAGGGACUAUUACAAAUCCGGAAAGGCUUCUUAAUUGUCAGAGAAACAACAUCUUUUAAAUCUGUUUAUGGCCAUGUCUGAGGCUGCUGCUGCUGCCAACCUUGCCUAUGGUAAAAACAAUGCCGGUGCGGUUGACACUACUACUGGUGCUAUUGUUAAUUCCGAGAAUCAAAACGUUACUGGUCACAGCUGUCGAACGUGUAAGCAAGCUGAUAAUAGCAGGAUGGUGCAAUGUGACGAUUGUGAUAGCUGGCACCAUUUCACUUGUGUUGGUGUUUCUGACGAAGUGGAAUAUAACGAUUGGUAUUGCAACAAAUGCGCAUCCGUUAGACUACUGAAGGAAAAACAGAAGUACACUGGCACUAAAUCGAAGAAAUUCAGUGCCAAACCCGCGGAGGAAGAAGACAAGAAGAAGGUUAUACCUAGGAAACUUAAAGAAAAGCCUAAGAAGCAGAUUGAAAACGUUCAAACACGAAAUGUCCAAGUUUCAGUAUCGAUGCCAGAUGGAAGACUGAGUAAAGCCAGUUCUGUAAAAUCAACAGCGUCUAGAAAAUCCACAAAGGCCGUGUUAGAACUAAAACUUCGAAAACUCCAAGCCGAGCAAACGCUUCUGGAUGAAAGGCGAAAAUUGUUGGACAAACAGUAUAGUGUCAUGAAGGAACUGUCAGAGUUACAAAUUGAGCAAGAAGAUGAAAAUAAUGAUGUUUACCAUAACUCCAAAGUAAACGAUUGGUUGAGUGAAAAUCCUACACAGCAAGUUUCCGUGCAUACCGAUUCGGAAGAAAGCGGUGAUAGUUUCUUGGAAGAAGACAGUGAUAGAAAUUCAGAAACAUUCGAAAAUAGCACAGAUGAUGCUGGAUCCGAUGAAGCUUCCGUCUCAAAACGAAGUUUCAAGCCAGAAUUUCUUUCGACACCGAAAAAAGGGAAGUCCCGACACAAGAGUAAUAAGCAUUUUACAGUUACAGGCAGCAACCAGAUUUCCUGUCGUAAAAGGCCACAAAAAUAGGAACUCCUAAGUCAAGGUGUAUUUCCGUGCCGAUGGCUGAAUGGCUGCAGGAGGUUAAACAUUGCAGUCGUGAACGGAAUAUCUUGGGUUUUUCCCUUACUGGAUACACGCAAUGCUUAGCAAUCAACUUCUUUGAUCAUCGCUUCGGCAGGCCAGAGAUUAGAAAGCUGAGUGUCUGUGGGUGUCCUCAAGGUGGUGUACUAUCCCCACUUUUAUGGAACCUAGUCGCUGAUAGUUUGUUAAGGAAACUUAAUAACCUUGGACUUCCGACUUAUGGUUUUGCCGACGAUUAUCAUAUAUUGAUGACCGGUAUAAGCAUUAACACUCUCUUUGAUUUAAUGCAGCAAGCCCUGCGAUCUGUUGAACAAUGGUGUUGUCAGGUUUGGAUUAUCUGUAAAUCCGGGUAAAACAUCAAUGGUGCUUUUCACUCAUCGUAGGAUAAUUACAGGAGCUCGUCCGUUGCAGU